AUGAAGCAGUUGACUUAUCUUAACCUUUCUUACAACAACUUGCACGGUGAUAUUUUGGGCGCAGUGCGAAAUCUGAAGGAUCUCAGUCACCUUUACCUGGAGUCGCUUAAUCUCAAUAGCGUUCUCGAUGUAAAUUAUCUGUUCACACUCAAGAACUUGGAAGUCUUAGUUUUGUCCUACAACAAUAUAUCUUUCACCAAGUCAUUCAUCAAUUCCACUACAUCGAAGCUUGCCUACCUAAUGCUGGAUUCAUGCAGCUUGAUAGAGUUCCCACAGUUUAUAGGCUACUUAAGCAAAUUGAAGUGGUUAGACCUACCACACAACAGAAUUCAAGGGAUCAUUCCUAGAUGGAUAUGGAAUAAUAGCAAAGAAUCUCUCAGUUCUAACUUGCUAGAAACAACCCUACUUGUCCCACCUCCCUUGGUCACGGUAUACAACAUCUCUAACAAUUUCCUAUUUGGGGAAGUUCCAACAUCCAUUUGUGGAGUGAGCUCUCUUACCAUGCUGGAUUUGUCCAACAAUACUUUGAAUGGCACACUUCCUCCUUGUUUGGGAAGUAUUGGUCCUAUGAUUUUAUUGAACCUUGCAAGAAAUGAAUUCGAUGGCAUGAUUCCUCACGUUUACCCAGAUGUUUGUGCAUUGAGGAUGAUAGACCUCAGAGAAAACCGACUAAAUGGGAUUGUUCCAAGAUCUUUAGGAAAUUGUGAAAUGUUGGAGUAUUUGAACCUUGGGGACAACCAAAUUAAUGAUACGUUCCCCUUUUGGCUAUCGGGAUUGGCCUACCUAAAAGUAAUUGGCUUAUGGUCAAAUAGUUUCCAUGGUCCCAUAGAAUCUAAUCUAAGCCAACUCAACUUCACUAGUUUACACAUCCUGGACAUUUCCAACAACAACUUCAAUGGCGAAUUUCCUUCCAACUUGUUGAAGAGUUGCCAUGCCAUGAAUGUCAUGGUUGGUCAAGAUGAGUUGGCAUAUUUGGAUAUUAUCAAAUCGCUUCAUUGGACUAAUGCUUCACUUGGCAUAAGUAUGAUUUAUGCGAUGAAAUUGAUGAAUAAGGGCACGAAAAGGGAAUAUGCGAAGAUUCCAGAUGUCCUCAUGGCAAUUGACCUCUCCAACAACAAGUUUGAAGGGUUCAUUCCUGAACUCACUGGAGAUCUGAAAUCACUUCGCAUGCUUAACCUUUCAAACAACCUCCUCAAUGGUAGCAUCCCUCCUUCCUUGGCCAACCUGACAGUGCUCGAAACACUGGAUCUUUACCAGAAAAAUCUUGUGGGAGAGAUUCCUCACCAACUAGCCCACCUCACAUUUCUUUCGGUUUUCGAUGUCUCUCACAAUUGUCUAUCAGGACUAAUACCACAUGGAACACAAUUUGAUACGUUCGGGAGCAGUUCAUUUGUGAUGAAUAAUGGUUUGUGUGGAAGUCCCUUGCCAAAUAAAUGCACAAAUGGUGAGAACGCUCCAUCACCACCAUCAUAUUUCAAAGUGGAUAAUGAAGAAGAGUGUCUCUUCAACUUGGAUUGGAGAAUCGUGCUAGUCGGCGCUGGAGUUGGGUUUUUGGUCGGUAUUGUGAUAGAGAACUUGAUCAUUGAUGAGAAGAAGAUGUGGUUCUUGUGCUGCUCCAAGAAAAUGGCGAAAGGAUGGGAAAAGGUGAGGAAAGGUCUGGCAGACAAGAAAAUAUGCAGCUAG